AUGCUCUCUUUCAAACUCGCUUUGCCAUUAUUUGCACUACUCUUUUUAGUGGUGAAGGGUCAUCCUACCAACACGCAACCAACCGACCCAACCCCUUCAACGAAUGACAUGUGCAGAGGCCAAGAUGACUUUGGGAUGCCACUUGUCGUACCGGAUUGUUGCGCUGACAACUCAUGCAAGGAUGGCAGCUCUACAGAUGAUCAAUGCAGGGCCAAAGACCAUUUUGGGAUGCCACUCGUUGUUCCAGAUUGUUGCGCUGAUAACUCAUGCAAGGAUGGCAGCUCUACAGAUGAUCAAUGCAGGGCUAAAGACGCUUUUGGGAUGCCACUUGUUGUGCCAGAUUGUUGCGCUGAUAACUCAUGCAAAGAUGGCAGCUCUACAGAUGACCAAUGCAGAGGCCAAGACGAUUUUGGGAUGCCAUUGGUUGUGCCAGAUUGCUGCUUCAGCAAUACUUGCUCAUGA